AUGGCGGAAUCAUCGUUGCAGGACCGCCUGCGCGACCACGCCAAGGCCUUUGACGGCUUGCUGUCCCUGAUCCCAGCCAAGAUGUACUACGGCGAUGGCGAAGAGGGCAAUACCCAGUGGAAGAAGAAGAAGCAGACGAAAGCCCAGGCUGCCGAGGCCCGCCGCAACAAGCUCGACCCUGACAGCAAGCUCAACCGCAGCGUCAAGGAGGUCAUGGAGGAGCAGGCGCUGAAGAAGCGCAAGCGCGACCAGGGCCUCGGCGACGACUCCGACCACUGGUCCGACGUUGACGGCGUCGAGCCCGAGAAGCCCGGCCAGGGCCUCAAGAAGAAGAAGCAGAAGACCGUCGACGAGGAAGACCCCGAGCUGACCGAGCAGGAACGUCGCAAGGCCGAGAAGAGGGAGGCCAGGAAGGAGAGGAAGGCCGAGCGCCAGGCUCUGCGUGACGAGGAGGCCGAGUUCCAGAGGAGGAAUGUCAAGUCCGGCGUCAACAAGAUCAAGCUCGGCGCGCGCGAGUCCAAGCCCGCGGCCAGAGGCUCCAGGCAAGCUGCCGCCGGUGCUACUGCGGCUGCCGCCGCCGACGCAUCCAAGGAUACCGUCGAGGACGACGACGACGAGGACGAGGACGACGAUGGCUCCGAUGUGGAGGACAUGGAUGUCUCCGGAAUCGCCGCUGACGCCGACGCCGGCGCCCAUGACGAGGCGGGCGACAUACCCGAGUCGCCCUCCGAUCCCGAGUCGCCCGUGUUCGACACCAACGGCACACCAGCCGACUCCACCGGCCAGGCACCGAGCACUACCACAUCCGUAUCGUCCACCGUGCCGCCUUCGGAGAAGCCGAAACACAUCAAGAUCCCCACAGACACUACAGCCCUGCGGGCCCGUCUCGCUGCCAAGAUCCAGUCUCUCCGUGAAGCCCGCAAGGCCGACGGGCCCGACGGCAAGCCGAUUCGUACGCGCCAGGAGCUGAUCGAGUCGAGAAGACAGAAGCAGGCCGAGCGCAAGGCCCACAAGCGGGAGCAGCGACAACGUGCCAAGGAAGAGGAGGACCAGAAGCGCGAGGAAGCCCUGGCCUCGGCUCGCAACUCGCCAGGCAGCAUCCUCAGCCCGGCCGUGGAUCUGGCCGACAACAACUUCACCUUCGGCAGGGUCGCCUUCGCUGACGGUGCCCAAUUGUCCCAUGACCUUUCGCAUACGCUGAGCGAAGGCAAGAAGAAGGGCAAAUCCGACCCCAAGACGGCCCUGCUCAAGUUCCAGAACGAGAAGAAGCGCCUUGCCAAUAUGGACGAGGAUAAGCGGAAGGACAUUGAGGAGAAGGAGACGUGGCUCGCCGCAAGGCGCAAGGUUGAGGGCGAAAAGAUCCGAGACGACGAGAAGCUGCUCAAGAAGGCUGUGAAGCGGAAGGAGCAACAGAAGAAGAAGAGCGAGAAGGCAUGGAAGGAGAGGGCCGAGGGCGUCCAGAAGGCCAUGAAGCAGCGCCAACACAAGCGCGAGGAGAACAUCAAGAAGCGCAAGGACGAAAGGCUGAUGGGCAAGGCAGGGAAGAAGAAGGCCGGAGCCGCCAAGAAGAAGGGCCGUGCCGGGUUUGAAGGCUCGUUUGGUGGAAAGAGGAAGUAG